AGAUUUCAGUUUCUGAUUUUUAUUAAAUUCGCAAAUAUUUCUUCGCAAAAACACCUUUUCACUUGUCAUUACGGGUUAUUUGGUGUAGACUUAUUUGCAAAAACGGCAAAUGUGUCCAUUUUAAAUUAAAUCUACAGCACAGCAAAGUGUGCAAAAGGGAAGGGGCUUGAAUACUUUCUGAAGCCACUCUAUGUUGUUACUGUCCACCUCUGCCUAUGUGUGUCCCUAAUACAUAUUCGUUUUAGUACUGUACACUGCAGCACUUACAGUAACCAGCCAGCUGAAGACACCCACCUUCCCCUGCACGCAUGCGCAGACUGACAGACCUGACAACAAUCUAUCGGAUGAGAGCCUUUCAUGAUAUGGGCACAACGCUGGCAUUUAUAUUCUUCGGAUAACGUAGCGUCGAAUGAACAAAGCCUUACACACCUUUCAUUGUCCUUACACGCAUAUUACAAUCUCCUUCCUGCACUCUCACUAUGCCGAGCAAUAAGUUUGACAAACCUGACAAGCAGGAGGUCAGUGAUAAUGUCAAGGUGGUGGUUAGAUGUCGUCCCCUCAACCAGAAAGAGAAGAUGAUGGGCCACAAGCAGGCCGUCAUUGUGGACGAGAUCCGUGGGACCAUAACCGUCAACAAGCUGGAGACUCCUCAUGAGCCUCCCAAGACCUUCACCUUUGACACUGUGUUCGGACCAGACAGCAAACAGCUGGAUGUCUACAAUCUCACAGCCCGCCCCAUCAUCAACUCAGUAUUAGAGGGUUACAAUGGCACCAUUUUUGCAUAUGGACAAACUGGCACAGGAAAAACAUUCACCAUGGAGGGUGUGAGAGCAGUGCCAGAACUCAGAGGGAUUAUCCCAAACUCCUUUGCUCAUAUUUUUGGUCACAUUGCCAAGGCAGAGGGUGACACCAGGUUUUUGGUUCGUGUUUCAUACCUGGAGAUUUACAACGAGGAAGUGCGGGACUUGUUGGGCAAGGACCAGAUGCAGAGGCUAGAGGUGAAAGAAAGACCAGAUGUUGGCGUGUAUAUCAAAGAUCUCUCAGGUUACGUUGUGAACAAUGCUGACGACAUGGAUAGGAUUAUGACACUAGGACACAAAAACCGGUCUGUCGGUGCCACAAACAUGAAUGAACACAGCUCCCGUUCUCAUGCUAUCUUCACCAUUACCAUUGAGUGUAGUGAGAAGGGUGUAGAUGGAAACCAGCAUGUGCGCAUGGGAAAACUUCAUCUGGUUGACCUGGCGGGUUCAGAAAGGCAGGGCAAAACUGGAGCCACAGGUCAGCGUUUAAAGGAAGCGACAAAGAUCAAUCUCUCUCUCUCCACACUGGGUAAUGUCAUCUCUGCCCUGGUGGAUGGCAAGAGCACACACGUUCCCUACAGGAACUCCAAACUAACCCGUCUGCUGCAGGAUUCACUUGGAGGAAACUCUAAGACCAUGAUGUGUGCAAAUAUAGGCCCUGCAGACUAUAACUACGAUGAGACCAUCAGUACCCUGCGUUACGCCAAUAGGGCUAAAAAUAUCAAGAACAAAGCCAGGAUCAAUGAAGAUCCUAAGGAUGCCCUGCUGCGCCAGUUUCAGAAGGAGAUUGAGGAGCUGAAGAAGAAACUGGAGGAAGGUGAAGAGAUCUCUGGUUCAGAGGGUAGUGGAUCAGAAGAGAUGGAUGAAGGUGAUGAUGAAGGAGGGGAGGCAGGAGCAGGCCGCAGGAGAAGAAGAGAAGAAAGAGGGAGAAAGAAGGUUUCUCCGGACAAGAUGGUGGAGAUGCAGGCAAAGAUUGAAGAGGAAAGAAAGGCUCUGGAGGCCAAACUAGACAUGGAGGAGGAGGAGAGGAACAAGGCAAGAGCAGAGCUGGAGAAGAGGGAGAAGGACCUGCUUAAAGCCCAACAGGAGCAUCACCUUCUGCUGGAGAAACUUUCGGCCUUAGAGAAGAAGGUGAUCGUGGGUGGGGUUGAUCUCUUGGCCAAGGCUGAGGAGCAGGAGAAGCUCCUGCAGGAGUCCAACAAUGAACUUGAGGAACGUCGAAGAAGAGCGGAGCAGCUGCGGAAGGAGCUGGAGGAGAAAGAGCAAGAACGUCUGGACAUAGAAGAGAAAUACACUAGCCUGCAGGAGGAGGCUCAAGGAAAGACCAAGAAACUGAAGAAAGUAUGGACCAUGCUGAUGGCUGCCAAAUCAGAAAUGGCAGACCUACAGCAAGAGCAUCACAGAGAGAUCGAAGGUCUCCUCGAGAACAUCCGUCAGCUGAGCCGAGAGCUCCGGCUCCAGAUGCUCAUUAUAGACAACUUUAUUCCCCAGGAAUACCAGGAGAUGAUAGAGAAUUACGUGCACUGGAAUGAAGACAUUGGAGAAUGGCAGCUGAAAUGUGUGGCAUACACUGGAAACAAUAUGAGAAAACAGACCCCUGCUCCAGACAAAAAAGAAAAAGAUCCAUUUGAGGUGGAUCUGUCCCAUGUGUAUCUGGCCUACACAGAGGAGAGUAUGCGGCAGUCACUGAUGAAACUAGAGAGGCCCAGAACCUCUAAAAGUAGCAAGAGUGGCCGACCCAGGACUGGGCGAAGGAAAAGGUCUGCAAAGCCAGACGCUGUGAUCGAAUCCCUUCUGCAGUAAAGACAGCGUAGAGGAGGGCUACGUUCCACUGCAGCUUACAUGUUACCUUACGAAAAGAAGUCAUUAGUCGAGGCUAAAGAAGUUAUUGUUGAACAUUAUUUAAAAGAUUCUCUGAGUGCACUGCAUUGCUGACAAGGUUUGAAAUUUGAAGGUGCUGUUGUUCGGGGAGCACUAAUGAUAGGAUUAAGACCUCUUGGCCUAGAGGACCUGUUCUUUUUAUUAUUUUUUAAGGAUGCCCAACAUUUUAAUGAUGCUUUGGAACACACUUCAAUGAAAGCAACCUUUGUUUGAUUUAGCUCAUUUAUCUAAGCACCGCUAUCUUUAAGGAGGAAAUCUUCCAUAAACAUAUUUCACUUGCACCAUCAGUAGUUUUGAAAAUGACCAACAAUCUGAAAGAAACUACAGAUUUGACAUGAUGCUGAAAAUAGAAUGCACAUAUGUAGGAACUGCAUUCAUAUCUUCUGAAAUAUCUUGUGUGUUUGACACAAAAGCGUUUUGUGAUGAACACGACACAGAUUAAGUCUUAACCUCUGUUUUACUGAUGUCCUGCUAUAUCUGAUUCAUAUUAAAUGGCUUAUGCGGAUAUGAACACAUGGUCACUAUUUUCUAAUUAAGGGUGCAUUUUCACUUAAAUUAAAGCAAAUUAUCCUUCUCUGAGCACAAGCUCUAGCAUUAGUAUUUCUUCCCACUGAAUACAUGAAAUCAUUAACAUGGAGAGAAAAAAAACGUAAACCCUAAUGUGGUGGGGACAAGGAGGGGAGUAUGUAACUGAAAAGUGUGCUUUUCAAGAAAUACUUUUUCAUUUAGGUCAGAGGCAUAGGGGCAUGCAUGCCAGCCAGUUGUUACGUUAGUGCCAUUUGCUAAUCUUUCAGUUGUCAGAAAACUCUGUUACAUUGAGAUACAUCAUACAUAUUGUAUGCCUUAGUAUAAUACCCUAGUAUGAGGUUUUUGUGGUGAUCAUUUAAUGUUAUGAUGUUCUGUAGAUGAGGCAAACUGAGUUUUAUUUUGUAUCAUAAUGUAUGUCAAAUGUUUACACCCACCAAACCCCUGGAUAUUUUAUUUAUUAAAUUAUUUUACAUGUUU